ACUUGACAUUUCAUUCUACAUGUUAUGAACAAUUGGAUUUGCGUAUUAGCAUCGAUUGAUAAGCAAAAUAUAGUUUAUUUAAAAUUCGCUCGAAAUCUUUUUGUUUUCUGAAGUUCAAAACACAAAAUGCCGUUCAUUUGGGACGAUUCGGAAUGGAUGUUGAUAGAUAACGAAGAUUCAUACGAUAAAAGUCGUUUUGUUGUGGCACGAAAACUUUGUGUUAGACCGACUCAGCUCGAUGUGGCUAAUGAAGGGUUUUCAAUUGAAUCAAUUCGUCGACACUUUCGGAAAUUUGGCGAGAUCGAAUCGAUUGAACUGCUGCCCAACAAUGAACCAGAAGCACAUGUGACAUUUGUCAGCGAUCGAAUUGCUUGUUUUGUGCAAUCGCACUUUGAGCUAGACACGAAGAUGAACAAAAUGCAGCCGUAUGAAGUUGAGCCAGCUUACACAUGGGAACAACCGUUAGAAAAUGCCAAUCCACCACCUGGAGAUGAUAUGGAAGUUGAUGAUGAACAAACUUCGGAAAUAUUCAGGUUGGACGAAGACUGUCUGCUGCAUAUGUUUAAGUUCUUGGAUAUCGACUCACUUGUUAAUAUGGCCUUCGUGUGUAAAUUGUUCAACCAAUUGCUGCGCCUACACUGUUUUCCACGUAUUCAAAAGUACAAAGUGUACAUUAACAAUCCAACGGACACGCUGGCCAAAGUACGUCGAACGAUGCUUUGCAUUGGACAACAUAUCACUGAUUUAUCAUUCCGAACUGAUUUAUUCUAUGGUCCUGGUUCUCAACAUCGAAGUGAAGUAGUCAGUCAUACAUCAAAAUAUCUGAAAGUAAUCGCACAGAACGUGAGCCAGAACGUUCGCCAAGCAUUUUUUUGCUUUGGAUUUAAUGGAAACCUUAUUGGGACGAUCGCACCAAUUCUUCAAAAUUUGAGAUCGCUAACAAUUGUCAAUAGAAGUGAAAAAUUCGAAAAUGAGAUCGAUUUUAACGCAUUGUGCCCCAAUUUGAUUGAAUUUAACGUGAAUGCACAAUUGUCGAUGGACGUUUGCUGCAAACCAUGGUCAAGCCUGCGUAGUAUUUCGGUGAUGUACAACAACAAAUUGGAACCAGAAAAAUUGAUAUCCAUUAUUGAACAAAAUCCUCAGCUUACAUGCUUAAGAUUCGCUUGGUACAGUGAAAAUUAUCGUGCUCUCUUUCCGGCAAUCACAAAACACUUGGCCAGUCUCGAAAAAUUGGAUAUUUGGUGUAAUCCAUACCAUGUACCACUAAAUAAUAAUUUUGUUGUACAUUUCGAUGGCCUUGGAAAACUUCCACUUCUGCGUGAAAUUUCUUUGGGUCGUUUGGAAGUUGGCAGUUUGAAAGGCGUUGUUGACAAUCUACCAAAAUUCACAAAUUUACGAAAAAUAGAACUGACUGGUUGUUCCGGAAAUAAUUCGGAAAUAAUAAUAAACUACGGGCAAUCCAUGGUGAACUUGGCAAGAAAACUAUUACUUUUGGAAGAGCUAACACUGGACUAUAUACCAAUGGAAGAAGAAACUUUACUAGACAUAGUCCGCUUUGGCCGCCAGUUGAAAGUGUUGUACGUUUACCAGUGUAAAUUAGUUUUCUCCGAUGAAUUGAUCUUCAAGUUGGUUGACGCACUGAAAUGCUAUCGAGAAGAAUCCGACGAAGCCUUGCAGUUAUUGUUGCCGCAAAACGACUUGGAUAGAUUGGAUGCUGCCAAGAAAAUUGAAGGCUAUCUACAAUUGAAACGCCCCGAAACCAGUAUUUGAUCAUUACCGAAAAGUUAAAAAAAAGGAAUAAAAUUUAUGAAUAUUUUCAUUUAAAAAACAACUUUCCAAGUCUGUUGACUGAAUGAUUCGAUUUAUUCGUACUUUAGCGUCUAUUUCCAAAAAAAUUGGGAACAUAGGAGCAUCAACAUCAUUUGAAUGCUCUGGAGCGAAAAUGUAAUACAGACAAGUUGAGCGGAAAAAUGUCAAAUGAAAACGGGAUAGCUAUAUAGUUCACUAUAGUUUACUAUACACUUUAGCUAUCCCUUUCCCGCAUAUUCAUCAUUGACAUUUUUCCGCUCAACUUUUCUGUAUUACAUUUUCGCUCCAAACCAUUCAUUUGUCUUAGUUUUCAUCAAAACCAGAAAUCGAUCAUUGCAAAAUAAAAUGUUGGUAAUAUAAUCAGCUUAGUUUAAAAUUUAUUUGCGCACAAAAACACAUAUAUAAAAAUGCUUAUAUUGUAAGCCAUUCAAUAAAAACCAAAUGCCGUUCAGUGGAAUUCCUAUCAAUGAAAAAAUAUAUAGAAAAAUGAGGCAUCAUGAGUUAUCGGAUCAGAAAAUUCUAAAUGUGUAGGUUGCUGAAUCUCAGUGGUUCCAAGUAAUUUCACAAAUUUGCACAACAUAAGAUUGAGCUGCCACGAUGCAUCAUCAAAAAUAUGAAACUAUGAACAAUUUGACAAGAAACCUUCAAGAAAGGUUGACUAAACGGUAAUAAUCCAAAUAAAGAAGGAAUCUUUAGUAGACUCUUGAACAUUUUAGACAUUCUCUGCUCUCUACUGUAAGCUAGUUUUUUUUUUAUGAAUUGAUCAAAAAAGAUUUCAACAAAUCGGAUGCUGAUAAAUUCAAAUCUAAGAUAUCUACAAUUAAAAUGUACCCAAGAAGCAAGUUCAGCGAGUUCGCUUACUGCAUUAUAACUAGAAUACCUUACACGACUUCCCAUGAAAUAUGUAGUUUGUAUUGAGCUAAUUUGAUACAAACCUUUGAAAUGUUCUCUUGAUAAUGAUUUUAUCAUAGAUUUUGAAUUGUUUUGAAGCGAUAAUUCGAAUUUUUUUCACAUAUCUUUACCUGUAACAGCUGUUUACGUCUGGAAUAAAAAUAAGUGUAUAAAAAUGCCCAAUAAA